CGCUUUAUGAACUACAGCUCUUCGCUGCUCUCGAUACAUGAUAUACGUCACCACACCCGCACUUGGAACUCGGCACAGAGAUGGCGAUCUCUCUGCUCCACUUCACCACUUUUUUUCAAGGCGAGGAUAAAAGCAUCGAAAGAGGUGAAGACCACUAUAAGUCAGGGCAUGUGGAGAGUUUUAGUUAUGUGCCCUCUCUAUGUGCUAUCUCUGUGCCAAGUUCCAAGUGCGGGUGUGGUGACGUAUAUCAUAUGCGUCGAGAGCAGCGAAGAGCUGUAGUUCACAAAGCGGCCUCACAUAAAACCUAAAAUUAUCAAACUUCUUCACGAAAAUCUUUAGUUUUCUUUGUAUGAAAAAUAUCAUUUAAAUCCACAAACAAUAUAUGUGUAAUCCAGGGCAUAUAAAGACUGGGACCAGAAAAUAACUAUUUUCUCUCCAUUGACACCCAUUCAUAUUAUUCGAUCUCAUAGGUCCCAUGAGCUCUACCGGAAGGGGCGUGACUUCGCCACUCUAUAGGUCAAUUUUAUAUCCCCACUGUUGAGACGUAACCCAUGGACCUAUUAUAGAACCGAGAGGGCCGAGCGAAAAGACUACAACCCACCCCCCUUUCCGUUUCCGGUCCGGUUUCCGUUUCAAUGGAUUUACAAAAUGCCAAAUAGCACACGCAGAAACUUUAUUUCGCUACGAUACUUGAUUAGGAACAUCAACGAACACCACUUACCACUCGUUUCCGUCCGGGAGCGGGCAGCUGGAGGGGUGGCCGGGGACGGCGCCUACGUUGGGGGCUCUUCCUGCUGGAAGAAGAUGUUCCAUGCCAGCAAACCACUCUGGCUGCUUACUGGAACCAAUGUGGAGUACCAGAUCCUUUCGGCCGGGAGGGGAGAGGAAGAGGAGACGAGAUGGAGAGGAGAAGAAGAGUUGGAGAGGAGAAAGGAGGAGAGGAUAAGAGAAGAGAGUAAAGGAGGCGAGAGGAGGAGAGAGCAGAGAGGACCGGAGAGUUCAAUUCGAAAGGGCCCCAUGUUACAACAACAGACCAUGAACCUAAUGUAAGGCAGGAAGUGCCCCGGACGGUUGAUGACAUCACUCACCUCUUCUGUGCUUCCUGUUUGCUGCGGCACUGUUCACAGUAGUACUUGUACUCACUGCAUAACGUUUCUGUGUUGCUGAAGCCCCUGUAGUCACACACACACACAGCGAUUAAGGUUGGACACCAUAAUAUUACCAUAGUAAUUUCUACCAUAGUAUUGGACCCAUGCGAUGGAAGAUAGUGUGUAAUCAAAGUGUGUGUGUGUGCGUGUGUUUACCUGAGACAGUGUGUGAUAGAGGUGUUUUGCUCCACGUCGACGGACAGGUCAAGAAAGUCCUCGUCUUUACUGCUCACCUGCACAGGAGACCCCGCAUCCUCCACUCACCGCUUCACAGUUGAGGCAGCGUGUCUCGUUGGUCAACGUCCCCUGGAAGAUCUCGUGCACCCAGACGGGAGAUGAACUUCUUGGGGGGGAUGACCCCCACCUUCUUCUUCUGCGUGGCGAUGCUGUUGAAGAGGUCGGCCAGGCAGAAUAAUUCAACAGAACCCCUGACGAGGUGACACAUGAUCCUGACCACUGGUUUACAUUACAAAGAGGCAAGUCGAAUAAUUCAGACAUGGACAUUAAUCGCUGGUGAAAAAUAAAAAGGUUGAAAAUGUGUAUGAAGUUAUUAUGAUAUAAUAAUUGCACAUGUUCCUGAACAGUUAUCCCAAUAAUGUAGCAUCUCGUUUCAGGCAAAUAGAGUUCCAGUGAACUCCGUGCCAGGUCAAUGAGUAGCAGGUAGGGGGUUAGGGCAUCUUGCUAGAAGAUGCCUACAGGUAGACUGCGGACAUUGGGAAUCGAACCCAGUACUAUUCGGCUGGUAGCAGACCACCUGAACCAAUAGACUAUCCUGAAUGCAACUUAAGUAACUAAAAACUACUAAAAAAAACCGACCCCAAUGAUGUUCCUCUCUUAUGGGCUGUUUUCUGAAUGCUGAGUUUUCUAUAGACUCUGUUAAAGUCUGACAGUGACGUCAGGCUAAUUCUGAGCUAAGCUAGUUAGCCGUGCUUCAACCUUUGAUCAGCCCUGAGGUCUCAUUGACAACAAGGUACGCAGGGUGUAGACACAACACAACAAGAACAACAGUAAGCCUCAAUACAACUUAGCCUCCAAAACAGACAUACCCCAGUGUUGUGUUUGGACUAGCUCACGGCUAAAGGGCUAGCUGUGUACCAUCAUCAUGAUGAUUAUUCCCACUGAGGUUAGCAAGUUAUCUAAACCACUACAUUGAUAUCGCCAACAGACCAGCUACUAACACGCUGAAGCUAUGUUAGCACAUCUGCUUACAGACCAGCUUAAUUUACAGGUAAAGCAAGUUACGACCUAACAGAGCAGCUAGCUUAACUGAACUCCGUAGUGUUAGCUGGUCCGACUUAGCUUAGCUUUAGCUUGUUAACACGUCAGGGUCCACCGGACACACAAAACAAACACAACACCAACACAAACACCGGAAUAACGGGUUUAUACCGUACCAUCGUACAAAUCGAGGCGAUCUUUCGGACUGUCAUCAGUAUUUCCAUCCGUAAUCCUCCAUACUGGACCUGGACCACCGGUGUUUAGAAACGAUCGCAGCCGAAUAGGGCUGCAGAGUUCCGGGGAAACCUUUCCGCCCGUCCGGCCUGUCUGGUGGUGGUGGAGGAGGGAGUGUCGCUGACGCACCGUGCAGGGUUGCUUGUUUCAAGGCAUAAUACCAGGGCGUGGGGCGGUGCCGUGUGUGACUGACUGUAGAGGUUAUAGAAUCCGCAUUGAGCUUCACAACUGGAGGUACAAUGACAGAAAACGACUGUCCCCGAAGUGGACCGGAACGACGGAGUAAAAACAAACUGAUAUGUCAGCCGACCUCAGCUGUCAAUGAUGGUGGCAUUUUUGUUUUUCUUUUUUACCCUUCUUUUACCCUUGGUAUAAAUAUUGUAUAUUAUAUACGUAUAUAUAUUAAGAUAUAAUUUAGUUUUUUGUAGCUGUAUUCUGAUUUCAUGUAAGAAACAACAACUAUAUUUGAAUAUACAUGUAUAUUAUAUUUAUGCAAUAUAUUUUUAACCCUCACCCUAACAUUAAGUUCUUCAACACAUCUAGAAUAAAACGAUACAAACGAGGUUUAUCUGAUCCCUUAGAUACUUUAUGGGAACAGUGACCACCCACGCGCCGUCGGUGCGCCUGCACGCGCACUGUGCCAAAAUGCGCGUCAUCCAUUUAUUAUUUUUGAGCAAGCAAUUUUUUUUUCGAUAUAAACUGUCGUUUAACGACCGUGGCCAAUAAUAACUUCGUAUUAAUGACUUAGUACUCAUACGUUUGCAUACGUACUAGUAAGACCUUGUGGACCUAUGAAAGGCUAAUAGGUGUAAUUACUACUAAUAGUUGUAAUUACUAUUUAUAGUUUUAAUUACUACUAAUAAUUUUUGCCAUGCUAGCCAAAUCUUGAGGUAUUUAUUUGAUGCGGCAGCCAAAUUCAGACGCGUCUGGGAAUAUUGAGCAAAUGGUUAGCUCUCUCUCUCUCUCUCUCUCUCUCUCUCUCUCUCUCUCUCUCUCUCUCUCUCUCUCUCUCUCUCUCUCUCUGUCUCUCUGUCUCUCUGUCUCUCUGUCUCUCUGUCUCUCUGUCUCUCUGUCUCUCUCUCUCUCUCUCUCUCUCUCUCUCUCUCUCUCUCUCUCUCUCAUGCGUUUGUUUGUGCGCGCACUAAUCCCGGAUGACUAAAACUCAUAUUCAGUUUGGUAUUUAAAAAAAAAAAAGCAACGCCUAAAUUCGAUGCAUAAUCUGCUAUCGCUGCCCUUCUUUGGAUGCCCCACAAGCGGGAAGCGGGAAUUCCAGUCCAUUUUCUGAAUCAACGGGGAGUGUUGACUUGACCGCACGGACCGAGGACUUUACUCCGCCUGUCCACACUACCACGGACUCUAGGAAAGGGCCACCCUCACCCACCACUGAAGAUAGCAGUAAGGAAAGAUAGAGAGAUAGGUUUGGUGGAGGGAGGCACACAGACCGCCUUGCCAGACAGGCUGAUAACGGACCGGAGCGAGGGGAGCUAAAUGCGGAUCACAGCCGACCCAACGAGGACGAUGAGCGGUGGCGGCUCUGGCAACUUUCUGCUGGUUCCCAUACCGGAGUACCCUGUGCUGGACUGCGUGGUUCCCAACAAAAACGUAAAAAUCGUGGUGUUGGGUGCAAGCAACGUCGGGAAAACUGCACUCAUUGUCCGCUUCCUCACCAAGAGGUUCAUAGGAGACUAUGAAGCCAACACCGGUGCUCUGUAUUCCAGGAAGUUGAAUCUGGAGGGCGAGGAGGUCUCAUUGCAGGUCCAGGACACACCCUGCGUAGCUCUCCAGGAUGAUGUGGACGGGUUGUACUGCCAGGAACAGAUAAAUAGGUCCAUCUACUGGGCAGACGGCUACGUCCUGGUGUUCUCCAUCACAGACUACAACAGCUACCGCACCAUCCAGCCUCUGUACCAGCACGUCCGUCGCAUCCACCCCUCGGGGAACAUACCUGUCAUACUGGUGGGCAACAAGAGCGACCUGCUGAGGGCCCGGCAGGUGCCUGCGGAGGAUGGGGAGGGGCUAGCCGCCAGCCUAGGGGGGGUGUACUUUGAGGCGUCGGCGAGAGAGAACCACGACGGCGUCCACGCGGCCUUCCUCCAGCUCUGUCAGGAGGUGAGCCGGGCGCUGGGCGGGGGGAACGGGGAGAAGCGGAGGGCCGGGCUCCACCUGGCCAGGCCCAAGUCCCCCAACAUGCAGGAGCUCAAGAGGAGGUUCCGCCAGGUCCUCUCCUCCAAGGUCAAGUCGGCCUCGGGUCCCUGAUCCCCGCGACCGGGAGUCCGGCACAAUCCGGAGAGUAAAACACGUAACGGAUUCAAAUGAUUACGUCUCCGAUGACGGAAAUCGCGCGAUUAUGGACCAGGUUUAUUUUUCUUUGAUUUUUCUGGAAAUGACCGGUUCUGAUCUGAUACUAAGAAUUCGGAAGAACGUUUUACCACCGUGUUUGAACCACCAGAUUGAAACUCUGACUUUGGCUAAAGAGGUGGCAAGGGAAAGAUGUCACUUUGACAGGAAGUUACAAUUAAAGUCGCUUCGUUGGAUGAAUGGACAGAUGGAUUGCUCAAAGGAUAAUGAACGUCUGGAUGGUGAGUUAAACAGGUGGUUGGAUGUUUGGAGGGAUGGCUAGAUGGUGAAAGGAUGGAUGGAUGGAUGGAUGGAUGAUGACUGAUUUGGAUGGAUGGGCCGAGUAGCUGAUGGACAGCAGAAGUGAUUCAAAUCCCAGGAAGCUCUUUACCAAAAGGAACCAUGACCUCACUACCUGAUGCCAUUCCGAUGGCCCACCAGCAUGUCGCCUGCGGAUCCAAAUGACAUCAUCAUGGUGUGACAUCAUCAUGGUGUGACAUCAUCAUUGUGUGACGCCACUAUCGUUUUUGUGUGACGUUAUCAUAAUGUAAGAUGGGCAAAAACGCAGAGGAUUGUUGCCAAAUAACAGAUUAUUUUCUAACGGAUGGUUUGUCUCUGAGCUUCGCCCUUUGCCCCAGUCUCUCGCUAGCGAGCUGUGACACUUGAAUGGUUGGGAGGGUUAGACUGACAGGACGGUGAUCCAACCAGAGUGGAGCAGACAGUACGACCGUAACCAAUCAUGGACAGCCAGGACGUAUCUGUUUUAUACCUCUCAGUAAUGGAUUGAGCCAUAAGGUAUUGUAUUGUCCCAACUGUUUUGACAAUGUAUUGAUGCUGUACUGACUCAGUAUUGAUAUGUAUUGAUACAGUAUCGAUAAUACUCGAUACAGUAUACUCAGUAUCAAUGUGUUCAGAAUUUAUGAAUAAUAAAUUCUGUGUAAAAAAUGUAUAAUUUGACAUGGUGUGUGAAAGAAUCUAGUAGGGGUUAGAGGACAAAACUAAACAGAUUUUAUGCCUUUCAUUUCAAAUCUCAAAUCUCUCUUCAAUCCUGGAAUAGAUUUAAUCUAUAACACAAUACAGGACAUCUGGAUACAUUAUGAACCGAAGUCAUGAACAAUAAGGUACAGUUGACUGAAUGUUAUAGAAUUUAUGGAAACUGCGACGCCGGAUUCCACAUCUGUUAGCUAUAAAUAUACAUCACUAUCUACCGUAUAUAUUUAAAAAGAAAAUAUACAGUGUCUACGCGCUAUAAUAUAUAGCAAAUGCAUUAAAACUGUUGAAAAGGUUUGUGUGUGUGUGUGUAUGCAGUGUGCUCGCAUGUGCGCAUGAGUAUUUCAGUGUGUGGGAAAGGGUGUGUAUCUAAGUGUUUGUGUGUGUUUGAGGGAGAGAAAGUAAUGCAGUUUGUGUAUGUGUGCAAUGCGUAUGUCUGUGAAUGUGUGAGUUGUGUGUGUGUGUGUGUGUGUGUCUGUUUGCGGGGAAUGGUUUAAUAUCUGGCUAACGGUGUGUGUGUUAAGAAACCGCAGCACUACGG